CAGUGUGGGAGCAGUGGGAAGUCGCUCCACGGCGUUUUUUCCUCUAUCUUUUUUGAAUGUUUUAUGACUUUUUCCAUUCCGACCACCUUCCAAUCUUGCGGCCCAGGGAUGUAUUUUUGUGGCGGCGAUUUACUCAGCAGCAUGUUUUUUGUCUGAGUGUUAACUGUGCUCCUACUUCUGACUUGCACAUCCUACCUUUUUACCCCAACACGUUUUUGUUUUUUUGUUUUUUUGUUUUUUUUUUACUUGUACUCUUUUAUUUUAUUUUUUAAAAUUUCAGUCUUCACUUCCACGGACACCCAAACUCUUAUCAGGACCGCCGGAAACGAGGAGAUAUUUUUCCCCGACACUUUCAUAAAUGUAUUGUCUUGUUUUUCACUGACUGGACCAUAUCCGUCGUCGGCGCAUGUUGGACUGAAAAGCAGUGAUGAGAUUUUAACUUGUACUUUGUGUGUGUUUUCCCUCCACCGUGCCGCUGUUCCGGCGUGCACCAGGCGUUCAUUCUGACCCAGAACAUCUCCAAAUUUUCGGGUCUGAAUUAGAGUCGCUAACACUCGGGGAAAACGACGCCGAAACCAGCCACUUCUCCUGUUGCUUUAGUGAAAACACACCGGCAGUGUGUGUGUGUGCACGCCGCUUCCUCACUCCAAGUGAAACACUGACGCCGCUUCAAAGGGGGACGCUUUCCCGUCUGAUUUGGGGGAUUUUGCUGGGAGUUUUCUCGCUAGUUUCGGACUGCGCCGGUGUGUGUUUUUUGGUGAAACAAAAAAAGAUAGCGACAUGCCACAGUUAUCAGGCGGCGGCGGCGGCGGAGGGGACCCGGAGCUCUGCGCUACGGACGAAAUGAUCCCGUUCAAAGACGAGGGAGACCCGCAGAAAGAGCAAAUCUUCGCCGAACUCAGUCACUCAGAGGAAGAGGGAGACCUGGCGGACAUCAAGUCAUCGCUGGUCAACGAGUCGGAGACCAGCCCCAACAGCAACAGCCACGAUGCAGCUAGACAGUCCCAAAUACCGCAAGACUCAUAUCACGAAAAACACAGAGACCAUCCGGAAGAUGGAAAACACCAAGACAUGUACAGUAAAGGCCAUCCGUAUCCGGGAUACCCGGGCUACAUCAUGAUGACCAACAUGAACAACGACUCCUACAUGAACAAUGGCUCUCUCUCGCCGCCCAUGCCCAGAACGUCCAACAAGGUUCCUGUGGUGCAGCCGUCCCAUGCAGUCCACCCGCUCACCCCGCUGAUCACGUACAGUGAUGAACACUUUGCUCCAGGACCACACUCUGGACAUCACCCCCAGGAUGCCAACAACAAACAAGGAAUGCCAAGGCAUCACCCUGGGCCAGACAUGCCCAACUUCUACUCCCUGUCUCCUGGAGGAGUGGGGCAGAUCACGCCACCGCUGGGAUGGUUUUCACACCACAUGGUGCCAGGCCCCCCAGGUCCCCAUGCUACAGGGAUCCCCCACCCGGCCAUUGUCAACCCACAGGUCAAACACGAGCCGCAGCAUGAUACAGACCUCAUGCACAUUUUUGACAGGAAACCCCAACACGAACAGAGAAAGGAGCAGGAGCCCAAAAGACCGCAUAUCAAGAAGCCGCUAAACGCCUUCAUGCUCUACAUGAAAGAGAUGCGUGCCAAUGUGGUUGCCGAGUGCACGCUGAAGGAGAGCGCCGCCAUCAAUCAGAUCCUGGGACGGAGGUGGCAUGCUUUAUCUCGGGAAGAGCAAGCUAAGUAUUAUGAGUUAGCCCGCAAGGAACGGCAGCUCCACAUGCAGCUCUACCCAGGCUGGUCUGCUCGAGACAAUUAUGGAAAGAAGAAGAAGCGGAAGAGGGAGAAGAUCCAGGAACCGGCUGCAGGUACAGGCCAGAGAAUGAAAACGGCGUACAUCUGAGAAAAUGGAGGAAAACGGAAUAAUUUCUCCACAUGCAAAGCAAAGGCAGCAGCUACUGGCCCUCUGCUAGAGAUGGAGGCCUGUUAGAUUCCAUGAAGACCCUUAAAAAUCUCCAAACCCAAGCCUCCAGUUCUCAGAGGAACCCCCCCCCACACACACACACCCCGCACACACACACGCACACACACACACACACGCACACACUCCCCACCCCACCUUCCCCGCCCUCCUCCUCCAGACACAUUCACGCCGCCAUCACCACCACCACCAAGAACACCUCACUGUGUUUGACUCUACUCCCUUCCUGAAGGCACUUGCUGUAGAGACACUGAACUGAACAAGACAAUCAUUAAAAGUACGAGCACCCUCACGACGACCAACCCCCCCCCCCCACGCCAACAGAAAACAUGAAUUUGACGUCUGUGUUUUUGUCAGUUUCCUUACAAUCAGCUUUAUUGCAAUCCAAGGCACUGCACUGAAAAAACUGCAGCAAUUUUGACAAGCGCACAAGUAAAACCUCUACCCUGAACCACCCAAACACUCAAAACACCCGCUCCUAAGUUAUUCUAAGUUAUUUGUCACCUCAGUUCCUUUGUAUAGUUUACUAGGCCUAAGUUCACCCCCCCCACCCUCCCCAACACCUUCCCCCUUCUCUCUAUCUCUCUCUCUCUCACUGGAUUUGAGACCGUUUGGGGUUUCGCCUGACCAAACACCUCUUUUAGACUGCACUAAGGAAGAUGGAGGGAUCUCAUCUUGUCUAAGAAACGUCCUCAAGACGCCAUUUAGUUCUUUGAUGACCAGUUGGUGCAAAAAAGGAUCAACAUUUUUGAUUUGCUUUUCAUUUUAGACUGAAUUUAAUUUUGAAUGCUUUUUUGUAUCUUGAACUCUUGUUUCAAUUUCUCUGUGUAUAUUUUAGUGAUUGUUUGUUUUUGUUUUUUUUUAUUUUUAUUUUUUUUUUAUAUAGUGGUAUAUAUGAAAAUAAGCUUUGGACACAGGAAAGCCAUUUUUCUUGUUGAAGCGUCUUGCAGAAAAUUGAAAAUUAAGGCUUCUUUUGAUAACUAUUUGUAACAAAUAGUGACCUCGAGUCUUGCUCAGAUGUAAAAUAAUGCUCAGUAUGUGUACUUUUUAAAACUGUCAGGAUAUGUCAAUUUUCUUGGUAUUUUUGCAGGCAACAUUAGGACAAAGGCGAGAGUGAUAGCUCAGAGGCCUAUAUUUUAUUGUUCUAAAUCAUGACAAAUGAAGCAGAUAUAUAUAUUUACCCCAGCACUUGGCAGUCUUUCUUUUAUUGCAAUGGACCUUUGUCUUUUCUCUCUGGUAGCUAAUAGUGUGGUCUUUAGCCAUGUUGUUUAUUCCAUGCAAGCAUCUCUGUAACAUUUUAUUGAUUUUAAUGCUCUAUUUUAGUAUUACUGGAUGAAUUCUUUUUUUAUUCUUUAUUAUAUUUUGGGUCACUGUCAUCUUGGUAUAGCACUUUGCUUCCCAAGUGGUCAUAUUUGAACUGUUUCAACAUGUUUUUUGUUUUUUAAAGAAAAAUAAAAAGGCAUCAUCGGCUCAUUUGA